CACUCUGCGGAUGAAGAAUUAUAAUCCUGACUCUAAACAAAUACUAAACUCAGAGUCGGUCCUCACAUCUGUUCUGUAAACAUCCUGCUUUUAGCAGCGGCUUACUUAGGUCGGCCUCAAAGAAAGACGCCACAUCUUCUCCUAUGUCCGUGUUGCUACAGUGUUGACAAUGAAUCUAACAGAGUGAAAUCUCUUCACCACAAACUUUCAAACCAUGUGGAACCAGAAUGGAACGUUGCUGUUCGCCGUGAGCCAAUCGCAUUCACCCUCCACUUCCUGUUGGAGGGCACGCGCACACACGCUCUCUGCGUCAUGACGCACUUCCUGUUCACUACGAAGUUCCCCCUCUCCUCACCAUCGCGCCGUGACGGGGAUGUUUUGGUGAAAAAAAUACGGCGUCGAAAAGGGACGUAAACACGUUUAAAACAUGACAUUUCGACCGAGUGGGACUUAAAGUGGCGUAGCAGCGGAACGAGGCGCGUCUUCGACGAAGGUUUCGGGCUAUCUUUAUGUUAUUCCUCCGUAUGUCCGCUUUUUUCAUAGAUGGUCUCCGGCGAGCGUUGUCUGGCGGCGGACGACGGGUUCUUGACGAAUAACAUGAAGGAGAUGAUUGGGGGUUGCUGUGUUUGCUCAGACGAACGCGGCUGGGCGGAAAACCCGCUGGUGUACUGCGACGGACACGGCUGCAACGUCGCCGUGCAUCAAGCCUGCUAUGGUAUUGUGCAGGUGCCCACUGGUCCUUGGUUCUGCAGAAAAUGUGAAUCUCAGGAGAGAGCAGCCCGUGUGAGAUGUGAGCUCUGUCCCCACAAAGAUGGAGCCCUCAAGAGAACAGACAACGGAGGCUGGGCCCAUGUGGUUUGUGCCCUUUACAUACCUGAGGUGGAGUUUGCUAAUGUCUCGACUAUGGAGCCUAUAGUCCUCCAGUCUGUUCCACAUGAUCGCUACAACAAGACGUGUUAUAUCUGUGAGGACCAGGGCAGAGAGAGUAAAGCAGCCACCGGAGCCUGUAUGACCUGCAACAAACAUGGCUGCAGACAGGCCUUCCAUGUCACAUGUGCCCAGUUUGCCGGGUUGUUAUGUGAGGAACAAGGAUCGGACGCAGACAAUGUCAAAUACUGCGGAUAUUGCAAAUACCAUCACAGCAAAUUGCGAAGGAGCAGGGGCCGUGGUAGUAGGUCUCAAAGCUUAAGUGACUCUUCCUCUCAGUGUAUGGAUAGACCCCCAGACAAGGACACGAAGAAACACAAGGAGCGGGACAGACACAAACCAAAACACAAGAAAGCCCCCAUGGACAUGUCACCGUCUCUUGUCCUGUCAAAUAUCAUGGUCCCAGAUAAGGCUUACAACACCGGCAACGCGGGGGGAGGCGUCACCUCUCUGCCAGCAUCCUCGCAGAAGCGAUUGGACGACAGCGCCGCCCGUUUCACCAAUGCCAACUUCCAGGAAGUGUCGUCUGCUCACUCCGGCAACAGUUCCAAGGAUAACUUAGCCGCCGACACCGGGAAGCCGGCGUCCGAGGCGAAGAACAAGAAGAACAGUGGCGGAGGUCACGCGGUGGGACAGAGGGGCGGCCGCAAGUCUCUCACCUCCUCAGGGAAGCCCCUCCCAUCUGCCGUGGUCACCAUGGCAACCUCAUCUACAUCUGCCUCCGCUUCCACUGGGCCUUUCCAUCAAGGCCUCCUGUUGACCAGUGCCAGCAAGGCUCCCUCGGCUCCUUCCUCCUCAGACUUCCUAAGUUUCUCAGAUUCAGCGUUGCGUCCCGGAGGUGGAACGACCUUCUCCUCCCCACCAUCUUUCAGCAGCUGCCUUGUGAAACCAAGCUCAGAGAGUGGAGCCUCAGAGGGAACAACAACCCUCUUUGGUUCUCUUAUAUCCGCUACCUCGGCUUCUGCAGUGGGUGGAAAGCUUUAUGAGAAUUCCCACAGCCACACAGCGAGCGAGACGACAAGCCUUGUCGGGUCCACUGGCUACAAACGGCCCCAGCCCUCCAGUUCAGGACUGGGGAUUGUCGCUGCAGUCGCAGCAGGGGGGGAAGAUGGGGUGAAGAAGAAAAAGAAAGGCAACUGGCGAAACAGAUUUGGACCUUGCUUUACCACAGAUGUGAAGCCUUCUGAGUCGGCCCCCUCCUUAACGCUCCCCACCUCCUCCACGGCCAGCACCACCUCCUCCUCCGCCACCGCCUCCCCUUCCUCCUCCUCUUCAUCCUCGGCGCUCUCAGGCCGGCCGGGCUUAGUCUCCAGCAGUGGAUUAGGGGUAGGAGUGGGAGGGGCAGGAGAGAGGGGGCUGGGGGUCAUGGGCGUCAGUGGUGGGAUUCAAAAGUCCCCUUCACUCCUCAGGAAUGGGAGUCUGCAAAGCAACAGCAGCUCCACCACCACUGGGUCAGGUGUUUUUUCCGGUACCGAUGGGGCAUCGUCAGGGUCGGGAGCUGUCGCCAUGGGCGGAGCCAGCUCCGAGUUGUCACAGCAACAGCAGCCCACGCCCUCUCUAGCCCCUCCCUCUCCAUUCACUGCCACUGCACCGCUAAACAGCACAGCGCCCGCACACGUAAGCGGUCUGCCAGGGUCCGUCUUCAACCUGGCCCCACCCCACAUGUUUGGCAAUAGGCUGAACCCCAACUCCAGCAUGGCAGCACUCAUCGCUCAGUCCGAGGCCUCGCCAGCAGAUCAGGAGGUUGGAGACAGCAGCAGUGGCGGCGGCGGCGUCGGAGCUCAGGGCUUUUCCAUAAGAGCUUCUCCGAAGACCACCCCGCGCUCUCCCAUUGGUGGCCUGCAGAUUCGCUAUGACUCUUCAGGGUCGUUGCCGGGGCCGGGCCUGGGGUUGCUAGGGGCGGGGGGAGGAGGAGGCGGCGGCGGCGGCGGCGGCAGCGAGAUGAUGCCCCCGGUGGCCACCAGCAUUGAGCAGCUCCUGGAGAGGCAGUGGAACGAAGGGCAGAGCUUCCUGCUGCAGCAGGGAGCGCAUGGAGACGUGGUGGGGAUGCUGAAGUCUCUCCACCAGCUGCAGGAGGAGAACAGGAGGCUGGAGGAGCAGAUUAAAACUCUGACCAUGAAGAAAGAGAGACUGCAGCUUCUAAGCGCUCAGCUAUCAGUGCCUUUCACCCCCACCACAGCCUCCUCUGAUGUGAAGGGAGCCCAGCUGGGAGCUGCUGAUUCAUCUUUACCAGCGGCGGCUCAGGACAGCGCGUCGUGCGGCGGACACAGCAGCAGCGGCUCCACCUCCUCCCUCUCCACCCCUCCCUCCGUCUCCCAGAGCCCCCCCCAGCCGCAGAUCAACGGGGUCGCCACCGUGGGGGUGGCGGGGCUGAUCGGCGCUCUGGGCGCGGGAAGCGCACUGGGCAUGGGGGGUAUCGUCGGGGCGCUGAACGGCGUGAUCCAGACGCCGGCGGGCACCAACAGCCCCCACACACACACUACAGGAGCAGCCACAGGCGUCUCGCUGGCCGUCAAUAACAGCUCAGCCGCUAGUAAAAACAGCGCUGCGCGGCUCGGCGGUCUACUGUCUGAGCAGCACAGAUUGCUCCUGCAGCAGCAUCAACUCCAGCAGCUGCUGUCCUCUCAGCCUUCACCGGAGCAACAGCAGGUGUUGCUCUAUCAACUGAUGCAGCAGCAGCAGGACCUCCAGCAGCUGCAGUCCCUCUCCUCCUCCGCCCAGAUUCCCUCCAUCCCGCUCUCCUCCGCUCAGCUGCCCAUCAACAACCUGCUGCCCGGCGCCCAGAGCCAGGGCCAAGGCGCCAUCGCGGCCAACCCCUUCCUGGCGCUGCAGCACGCACACGCCGACACGCACGGCUCGGGGGGGCAGAAGCCUCGGCUGGCCGAGAAAGCCGUCGGCGUCGCGGGGCAGGAGAAGACAUGACGGCAUAUCCUCUUUUCUUUUUGAUUUUUUUCUUCUUUUUUUUUUUUUCAUUUUUUAAAUAAAUAUGCAGAGUUUUUGGGAUCAGCCUGUUGGUCAACUUUGUUGUUUAGUAAGAGAAAUCUUGUUUUUCUGUUUUUUUUUUAAAUUUUUUUUUCAAGUGAUGUGUGUAAAAACCAUAGCACACGCUGUGGUGAGUUAAAGCACAAGGCAAAAAAUACAAUUUGUCAUUUAAAGUCACUUACUCUCGUUGACUUAGCCUGGUUUGUCUUUAACGCCACAUUUUGUAAACAUUUAUGCUAUUUAUUUCAUCUCAACUUAAGUUUUUUUUUUUUUUAAUUUCUAGCUUUAGCACUGGUUCAUGUUCUGUUUUUUUGCUGACUUAAUGUUUUUUCGUUUAAUAUUGUUGGGGUGUUUUUCCAGUGUCGGUAUGUAGCACCUGAGGACGUGGUAUAUUCUGUUCUCUAAAGUAAAUUGACUAACAGGUUGUCCUCAUAGAAACAUUUUCUUUAGAACAAUUCUCUCUCACACUUCUGUCAUGGUCUGGUCUCUCUGCUGUUUCACUCUCUCAGGGGCCCACUGCUAACCAGAGUUGUGCGCGCGGCGCGCAAAGCUGUCACACACAGAGCUACAAAGAUAAAAAGAAAAAUGGCAGCAAUACAGCAAUUAUAUGAAUAUAAAAAAAAAUACCAUUCCCUACCACAGGACUUAACAGUAGCAGAUGUAUGUUUGACAUCUGUCUUGCAGCAGUCCCGGAGGGAAUAUUUGGUGAGUUGUGUGAAAAUAUCCCACAUGUUCUCACGGCUGCCUCUCUCCCUGUGUCUCUUUCACUCUUUCCGUUUGUGUAGAUCCAUUAAUGUCAAUGAGCCAAGCCUCGUACGGACACCACAGAAGCCUUGCUUUUGAACUGUCUCUUCUCUGGGCCAGAUACAGGGGGCUCACUCAGGAACGUAAAAUGUUACAACAACAACAAAAAAAAGAGGAAAAAAAAGAAGAAAAGUAGACGAUAAAACAGCUAGUUGAAUGUUCAGAUGGAUGCAUUUAUCCACAUGGCACAGACUCACAAAGAGAAACCAUGCAGUUGGUUGUCAGCAAAUGGAAGUGAUUACAUUUCAUCUUCCUGAUUGAGCCCCCUGCUGCACCUACCUCUCGAGCAGGACCAGCCUAUCAGGACCUAAAAGGCCGACAGCAGCGGCCACUUAAAAAACCCACAACAGUCAGGACUGGCCAAUCAGGGUCCAAACCCAAGUGCCUGAGGCCAAGAGGGGGAAGGCGUGAUUUUUGUUUUCCUUUUUAUGUCUUUGUCACUCAAUUUUUCACAAUGCUACUGCUAAUUAAGCUGUGUUGCUAAGGCAACAGAUUACAGAAACACUUGGUCCUUCAGGCUAGAUGUGCGGUCUCUUUAAUAAAACUAGGAAAUUUUAUUCUGCUGCAUUCUUUAAUAUCAAAGCCAACUUUGUGUUGGGCUUUUUAUUUAUCUGGAGUUUUUGUGUAAUGGGCGUAAGAUGAUAUAUUUUAAGAGCCCGCUGGUUUUGCAAUUUAACAUCAUUUUGUACUACUGUGUAAAGUUUUUUUUUUGUUUGUUUGUUUUUCCUCCAUACAGUCUAAUCUUGCUGUAAAACCCUUUUAAUGACUUCUGCUCUGUGUCAUGUGUUUGAAGCUAGAAGCUACUCAAUAGUUGGCUGAUUGGGGCGGGGGGUGUGGCUGUAUAUAGCUGUUUGUAGGGGAGGGGUGGUGGAAGUGUGUCAGGGGGCAUUCGGUGGCACAGUUUUUACCUCGUUAAGUGUACAUAGACCCUUUUCAUUGGCCGUUGGUGUACAUAAGUGAUUGUGAUUGGCCGUGCUGGCGUGAAGGAAUGCCAAUGAAGCCUCAGUUUGUGUGCGCGCGCGUGAGUCUUUAGGGCCAGACAGAUAAGGUGGAUGGUGACUGGACACACAAAAGUAUUAAUUUAUUUUUAUAUGUGCAGGGACAUUGUGUUUCUUUUUUUUAAGUUUUGCACCAUUUUCUUGAUGAGAAGUCAUUUUAUACUCUGGGCACCAUGUUUUCAUCUGUUCACACAUUUGUUUGGAUCAAUUUUGUACAAGUGGAAAAUAAUAAAGUCGGGGGGGGAGAAAAAAUUCUGACAUUGUAUUUGAAAACACAAAAAUAAAGAAACACUCUGGAUAAAGUGA